CUGCACUUCCGAAAAUGUCGCGCGGAAAUCAAAAGGGACAAAUCAAAACAUUCAGCAAGGUUUUCUGAUAUGACAACAUCGGCGAACUGUUAAACUAUUUGCUUCAAAGCAAUGUAUGCACUGGAAAACCUAGAGCAACUGCAAGAGAAGGAUGAAACAAAGGAGAGAAUCACUUUUAAAGAUGAGGCAGUGAAGACUGUCAGAAAAAUCUUACAAAUCAAACAACAGAAGGAUCAAUUGCUACAGCAAGAAAAGGAGUUGGAUGUACAGAUCAAAGAAGCAGAAUUAAAAAAAUAUCUGUGUCAGAAAAGGAGAAACUCAAAAAAGUAUGAGGAAGGAUUGGCCAAUCAGCACAGGCUUCAACAGAUGUUAGACUGUUACAGACUAACUGGCAUAUCGCUGCACUCACAAGACAAGAACGCUAUUAUCCUGUGUUUUGAUAAUAACUAUAAAUCCAAGUUCUACGACUCAUUUUUUGUGGAAUUAUUGAAACAUGACAGUGAUACUUUUGAAUUGAAACAUCACAGUCUGCCAAAUUUUAUGCCAGUGGCUAAUCUAGCUGUGAAGUACCUCAAAGACGACUUGUCUGAAUUUGCUUCAAAGGUCAGCGAUUACCUGUAUGCGUACAUCACCAGACGAGAGGAAGUUGUUCAAGUACAGGGUUUGCUGCAGGAAGACAAACUACAAAUAACAACGACUGAUGCAGUAGACUUUGUGCAGGUAUCUCUGGGGAAAUUGACAUCUUGUGUCUCCAUCAAGGUGACCUUGACCUAUCAAGAUUUACUUCAUGUCAUGCCAACACGAGUGACCUUCCAUACAUGCAUUGAUGAUGAUAUGGAAUUGCCAGAAAAUUUUAGGCCCGGAACAAGUCUUGAAGUGGAAGCAACACUUGAAGAUUUUCCCGCUGUCAAAGGUCAUGAAGCCAAUCAUUGAGGCCUUUCAGUUUAUCGACCUACAUAAUGAGGAGGAGAAGGAGAAGGAAGGGAGCUCCUGAUUGGAAGAAUUAGGACAUUCUGAUUGGUCAUUUGAAGUUAUUGUGGCACUGAAUUGUGAAAAAAAAAUCUGAUUGGUCGAUUCAAAGUUGAAACGAAUGGUUAAUAACAAGAUUUGGCGAAGUGAUGUGAAGUUAAGGUGUGAAAGUUUGAAUCUUUUCAAAGUCUUAUAAGAUAGUAUAAGUCUAAUUUAUAUUAUUAUAUUACAUGUAAUGGCAUCAAGUCUUGAAUCCAUCAACAAAAGGGUUUCUGGCAUAAAUAUCAGUUAUCUCCUCCUCCUCCUCCUCCUCCUCCUCAUCCUCGUCCUCCUCCUCCUCUUCUUCUAGCCUUCCACCCAGGUCAGAGGUGUGUUAGAUUCAGACAGGAUGCCCCAACAACUCACCAAAGCUUUAGUGAAUAAAUUAUAGUAUACAUUAACAGAUUGAAACUUAUAAGUGAAUAUGUUUGUGUAGAAAUUAAUACAUUACUGUAGUAUUAAUUAAAUCUAAGCAUACAUAAAUCAACUGAUCUAUGAACUAAUCUAAGCUUUAUUUCAAUUAAGCAUUGAUGUCAUUUUUUUUUAGUUUCAUCGGGGUAUGAAACAAAUUUUGUUUGCAAACUGUAUGAAUCCGCA